AUGGAGAUUGAUCUUCUGCAUCCUUCAGCAUCAGAUCAAAAGAUUUGCCAUAAGAAAAAGAGACUUGUUCAGAGUCCAGAUAGCUAUUUUAUGGACAUAAAGUGCCCGACUUGUAAAAAUGUGACUACAGGGUUCAGUCACAGCCAGAAUGUUAUUUCAUGCCAAGGAUGUCAGUUUGUACUUGCCCGACCUGCUGGCGGAAAAUGCCAACUAACUGUAGGCUGCUCGUUUAGAGUUAAAGCUGAUUAA